AUGCGAAGAAACAAUCAGACCACCAAUCUUAAACCCUUUCAAUUGCCCUCUCAGAGGCGCACAAAUGCCUCCUCCCCGUCCAAGAGUAGUAGAACAGGUAUCAUCGACCAGAGACUCAUCGAAGGUUCCCAUCAGCUGCAACACAGCAGCCCAUCUCCCAGAAAGCCCUUCAAUGGCCUGGCAUCAUCAGCUCAUGAUGAGGACCCUCAAUUGGAUGCUUUUGACCUCGAGCUCCUAGCCUCAGAGGAUAGAGAGGAGGCAAUUCAAGAUUCAGGAAUUGGAAUUCCUAUAUCUACGCCACUUCAGGCGUCUCGUCAGCCUGGUCUACAGCCAGCACAAUUCUCUCGGUUCUUCCAACCAAGCUCGAACAUCGCUUCUUCUCGGAAUGCGUCCAGCUCGUCGGACCCUGUACUAGGGCCUCCCUCGAGUCCGCUGGCUUCGUUCCUGCAGAAAAAGGAUGGAAUGCGGAUGGGUCAGCGCGGCCAAGAGACAAAUCGUUGUCCAUACCGUGAUGAGACCAGUCAGUCUUCACCGCAGGAACCGAUAGGUCAGCUGAGCCCCGAGGCUUUGACUGGCAAUAGACAACGUCUAUUCAGUAACAUCCCGCCCUCUGUGCGGGGAAUCGUCCUCGUAUCAGUAAAUGACCUACCGGAAAACUACCGCUCGAUGUUUCCGUUUCCUCUUUUUAAUGCAAUUCAAUCAAAAUCCUUCCAGUCCGUUUAUAAUAGCAAUGAAAAUAUCGUCCUGUCCGCACCAACCGGCAGCGGCAAGACAGUGGUGAUGGAAUUGGCCAUCUGCAGACUCUUGAACACCCUCAAAGACCAACGCUUUAAAGUCGUCUAUCAAGCACCUACAAAGUCCCUCUGCAGCGAGCGCUUCCGAGACUGGCACUCCAAGUUCUCCAGCCUGAAUCUCAAGUGCGCAGAACUGACUGGAGACACGGACCACAUGCAACUGCGCAACGUCCAAAGCAGCCAGAUAAUCAUCACAACGCCCGAGAAGUGGGAUAGCAUGACUCGGAAAUGGAAAGAUCAUAUGAAGUUAAUGCAGCUUGUGAAGCUCUUUCUCAUUGACGAGGUGCACAUUCUGAAGGAGACGCGUGGAGCUACGCUUGAGGCUGUGGUUUCUCGGAUGAAGAAUAUCGGAUCGAAUGUGCGAUUCGUGGCGCUGAGUGCUACUGUUCCUAACUCCGAGGAUAUUGCUACUUGGCUUGGGAAGGAUGCGACAAACCAGCAUGUUCCUGCGCAUCGGGAGCAUUUCGGCGAGGAGUUUCGUCCUGUCGAGUUGAAGAAGGUUGUCUAUGGGUAUGCGUCUAGUUUGAAUGACUUUGCAUUUGAUAAAGUCUGCGGUUCAAAGUUACCCGAAGUGAUCGGAAUGCAUUCAUGCCAGAAGCCCAUCUUGAUAUUCUGUUGCACACGGAACUCAUCGCUCGCGACGGCGAAAGAAUUGGCUCGGCUUUUUACAUUGACGAAUCCACCCGCCAGGCUUUGGAAAGAACCCAAGAAGCGUCUCGAAGCUCAUAACGAGGAUCUCAAGACAACACUUCCUGCUGGUGUAGCAUUUCACCACGCCGGUUUGGGCCCGGCUGAUCGCCACACUGUUGAGACAGGCUUCAGAGAAGGGCACAUUAACGUCAUAUGCUGCACAUCUACACUUGCAGUUGGAAUAAACCUGCCUUGCCACCUCGUCAUAAUCAAAAACACUGUCAGUUGGCAAGAUGGAGGCUGCAAGGAGUAUUCAGAUUUGGAGAUGAUGCAGAUGCUCGGCCGCGCGGGCCGACCUCAAUUUGACAACAGUGCGACAGCAGUCAUACUGACCAGGAAGGAACGUGUAACUCACUACGAGCGACUGGCUCAGGGGUCUGAGAGUCUGGAGAGCUGCUUGCAUUUGAACUUGAUUGAUCACCUCAACGCUGAGAUUGGCCUGGGCAAUAUCUCGGACGUCGAAUCGGCUGUCAAAUGGCUUGCUGGUACAUUCUUGUUUGUGAGACUUCGUCGAAAUCCGACGCACUACAAGCUCAAAGAAGGUGCAAACAAGGAAGACGAGGACGAAUUGCUUCGCCAGAUAUGUGAGAAGGAUAUCGAUCUCCUUCGGAAAUGUGGUUUGGUCGAAGCUGAGAGCCUUUGUUCAACCCAGUUCGGCGAAGCUAUGGCUCGGUACUACGUCCAGUUCGAGACCAUGAAAGUGCUAUUGUCGCUGAAGUCAAAAGCAACCUUGUCUGAAACUCUUAACGUGAUCGCACAAGCCGAUGAAUUCCGCGAGAUCCGCCUCAAAGCCGGCGAGAAAUCACUCUACCGAGAGAUAAACCGUGACCCAGGCAUUCGUUUCCCCAUCAAGGUCGACCUGGCUCUCCCAGCACACAAGAUCUCACUACUCCUCCAAUCCGAACUAGGGGCAAUCGAGUAUCCCGAUAAUGAGCAACUCCAAAAGCUCAAAUUCACAUUCCAGCAAGACAAGAGUUUAGUCUUUGCACAUGUCAACCGACUAAUCCGCUGUCUGAUCGACUGUCAAAUCGCCCGCGGCGACUCAAUCACGAUCCGCAGUGCUCUUGAACUCGCCCGGAGCUUCGGAGCAAAGGUCUGGGACCACUCGCCUCUCCAAAUGAAGCAGAUCGAGCAAGUGGGAGUUGUCGCAGUUCGGAAGUUGGCUGCGGCUGGGAUUACCAGUAUUGAAGGGCUGGAAUGUGCGGAGGCUCAUCAGAUUGAGAUGGUUCUUAGCAAGAAUCCGCCUUUCGGGUCAAAAUUGCUUUCGAGAUUGAAGGAGUUCCCCAAACUGCGGGUUUCUGUAAAGAUACUUGCAAAGGACGUGAAAAUCAAUCGUGUCAAUCUCCGCUUCAAGGUUGAAGUCGCGUUCAUGAACGACAAGAUCCCGACGUACUUCCAACGUCGGCCUGUUUACGUGUGUUGCUUGAUAGAGAGGUCCGAUGGCCAUAUGAUCGAUUUUAGACGCAUGAGUGCAAACAAGCUCCAAGAGAAAUUGGAAUUUGGACUCACCGCGGACUUGACGAGUGCGGACCAUGUCAUUGUGUGUCAUGUUAUGUGCGAUGAAAUCGCGGGGACAGCGAGAAAAGCUGAGCUCGGGCCUAACCUGCCAACUCACCUCUUUGCUGCUAUGCGAGAUAAGAAUGCCAAUGCUCAAAAUACUGAAACCUCGAACCUACCAUCUCGUCAACCCAAGGGGAAUUUGAAUUCCAAGGAUGCAGAGAAACCGAAGACCAACACAUCUCGAACCCACGAACGAGAUACGACUGGUAUCAAGACCAAGCCUCGGCGGGACGCGGACAAUUUUGAUGGCGAUGACCUGCAACUCGAUGAUUUCCUCGUUGCGAAUGAACGCCGCGGCAAAGCGAAGGAAUCUACAAAGCCACAACCUCAACAGUUUGACGACAUAUAUUGGUUCUCGAUUGAUUCAACGCCACCGAGUCCAGCCAAGGGAGUGCCGAAGGUCGCAAAUUCACGAGAAGAUGACUGGGCGGUGGAUAUGGACAAGCCAGAAGACGAGUACGAACCAGUCCGGCUUGCGAAUGGCAAAUGGGCUUGCAACCACAAAUGCAAAGACAAAACAAGCUGCAAACAUUUCUGCUGCCGCGAGGGUUUGGAAAAGCCCGCGAAGCCACCAAAGCGGACCAUCCCCGGGACUCAAAAGGAAGCCGGUUUCAAUCAACUCACUAUCUCCGCCAGUAUCACGAAAGCACCUCCAACCACUAACUUGAGUUCGCAAAACCAAGUGGCCAAACAACGCGUCACGGGGCCUAAGAAUGACGAUCAUGUUUCAAAGGCGAAGAAGAUGUCGACUUCACAAGCUGGACAGAAGAAGAUAUGUCGAGAAAGGUCUGUCCUUUCAGAGAAGGACAAGAACAUUCCCUCGUAUAAGAGAAAGCGGGAAAAGAGUCCUUCAAACCCCCUCUCCAGUGAUUAUGGCGAUGAAAACUUUGAUGAUCUACCGUCGCCAUCGCGUCUUCUCAGGAACAGGGGAUCAGGGGUUGCAACGUCGGUUUCUCCAGUGGUGGAUGACCAGGCGAAGAGCAAUAUCACAGAUGUUCCGAUCAUUGAGACGAAGCCUACAGACCCCUCGUCCUCGCCCUCUGCUUCACGGCCCGAUCUCCCUCGAAAAGACCAAAUUAAGCGAUCAACUCCCAAGCCCCAACACGAGAUAAUUGAGAUCCCAGAUGACACACCACCAGACUCAACGGAGUUGCCAAUGACAGUAAACAAGAAGUCUUCAGUCAAGCAGAGCACAUCGCCACUCACAACAAGAUCAGAAAAACCCCCCAACCUGAAACGGAAGGCGAGCCAAGACGAAACUCAAACGGAAGAACACAAAAAGCGGGUGAAGGAAAGCCCCUUUGUUUCCGCUUUACAGGUUCACGCUUCAAACACUUUGAACGAUGAACAACCACUGAGACCUGAGCAUCCUACGUCUCCUGUUUCUCCUGCGUCUCCUGUCGCUGCUGUUUCUCCUGUGUUCGGCGGUCGAAUGGAUUUGACUGCAGCAUGGCACGACGAUGGCAUUGAUCUGCUUGAUGAGUUCAAGGAUAUUAUUAAAUUUAUUUAA